GGCAAGUUUCGUUCCUGUAGCCCUGACCCCCCUGGGGCACUGGAGGUCCUGAUCACAAGAAGCAUCUGAAUCAGCCAAUCUCAUGUGGAGGCGGCAGUUCUCCCACAUGCUCCGAGAUCUGAUACCAUGAUGGCUAUAAACACCUUGACCUUGCCACGGUGCGGUAGAAAGAGACUUCUGAAGACCCAGCUGUGGCCUCCGAGUGCUUGUGUGGCUGAUUUUAAAGGGGUGGGAAUGGUAUCCAGUCCCCUGACAGAGCCUUUUAUUUGCUUUGGUCCUGGCUGCAGCAACGUCGCUGUCCUAUUCCGCGGCCGGGGAAGAGUCGCCAGCUGCGAGCGUCUGACUCAGCAAAAAGCAGCUCCCCUCUGAACUCUGCCCUCCGCAGACGCUGCUGCUUUUCCCACCAGGACUGCUGGUCCCAAGAGCCCGCACCCACCUGUGCUUUGAGAUCGAGGCAAGCCAUGGCUCUGACCCAGAGGGACUCCGCCGCCCGCAUCCUGCUGGCUGAGGAGAAGUUGCUCCAGAGAAAAAUGAAGACCUGGCCUCCGGGCUUUGGGGUGAAGCUGGAGAUCAUCACCCCUUUUCUGGGCAAGUACCGCCCGUUUGUGGGGCGCUGCUGUCAGACCUGCACCCCGAAGAGCUGGCAAUCCUCCUUCCACAAGCACCUUCCCUCCCUGGGCUUUCACAAUGUUCUCCAGGUGACGGAGGAAGACACCAGGUACAGGGGCUGGCUGGUAAGAAGACUCUGUUACUUCCUUGCGAUCCUCGAGUGGAAAGUUGAUUCUGAGACCCCGCGAGAUCUCCAGGAGAGAAUCUUCCGCAGCAAAAGGGUGCAGGAUGUCAUGUCUCUGGAGGUCCCCCAGGCGAGAGGGGCUGGCUCCGUUCUCAGCAAAUCCCCGGCACAAUGGAGGAGCGAAGUGCUGAGCAUCCUGGGCCAGAUUCAGUCUCCUCUCUCCCUUUUCAUACUGAGGCUCUGCAGCUGGGCUCUGCUCAGACUCCUCAACCGCGUGUUCCUCAACCUGCUGCUCCACAAAGGGCAGCUGGAGAUGGUGCGCAGGGCAGCCCAGAUGCCUGACAUCCCGCUGGUUUUCCUCUCGACUCACAAGUCCUGGCUGGAUGGGCUGCUGCUCCCCUUCCUCCUGUUCUCUCAGGGCCUGGGGGUGCCCCGAGUGACCUGGGAAUACCAGGCCUUUACCCCAAGCCUCAGGGCCUUGCUGAGCCGGUUGGGAGGGGUUUUCCUGCCUCCCGGAGUGGAGCACGCGCCGGACGGCGAACGGGGUGUGCUCUCCAGGGCCAUCCUCACCUCGUACGUCGAGGAGCUGCUGAAGAGCCGGCAGCACCUGGUGAUCUUCCUGGAGGAGCCCGUCUCUGGCGAAUCCCGGCUGUCCGCCCCUGGCGGAGAGUGGCUGGCGCUGGUGCUGAGCGCUGUCCAUGCCAGAGCCGUCCCCGAUGUGAUGCUGGUGCCCGUGGGCAUCGCCUAUGACGUGGCCCCCAGUGCAUCCCGCGGGGGGCUCUUGGGCUCAGCUCAACCUUUGGGUCUCUGGUCUUGUCUCCUGGCCGUUCGCCGAGCGCUGGGCCAGGAGUUUGGCUGUGUCCGGAUGGACUUUGCACAGCCUUUCUCCUUGCAGGAGUACACAGCAAACAGCCUCUUCAGACAGAGCUGCUCGCGGAAGUCCCUGGAGGAGCUGCUUCUGCCCGUCAUCCUCGGCAAAAGCCCCGACCUGCUGGACUGGGAGAAGUCAGAGGAGUGGUACCCGGGCCUCGGAGCUGCCGCGGAGCUGAAGGCAGACGAGCGAAUGCUGGUGGGCAGACUUGGCCUGCACUCCCUGAGCGCCGGCGUCUCCUGCUCUGCCGUCAUGGCCGUGGCGAUCAUGUCUGCACUCUUACUGCACAAGCACCGUGAGGGCGUCUUCCUGUCCCGGCUCAUGUCCGACUUCUCCUGGCUGGUGGAGGAGACCCUGCUGCGGAACCGCGACGUGGGCUUCUCAGGGCGGCUGCGUGACUUGGUGCUCCACGCCCUCUCCCUGCUGCGGGGCUGCGUCUCCCUGCACCGCCUCUCGCAUGGGGACGUCCUGGUGGCCCCCAGGGAGACAGAGGCGGCCGUGAGGGAGCUGAGCUGGCACAGCACCGCCCUGCUGCCCGUCUUCAUGUGCGAGGCCGUGGGGGCCUGCGCCAUCAACGCCCUGCUGGUGGAGAUGCUGCCCUUCUUGAGCCCUGCCGAGCUGCCCGCGGCCGUCGUGCUGAGCCAAGAGGAGCUGCGCCGCAAGACCCUGGCGCUGCUCCAGCUGCUGCCCAGAGACAUCCUCCUGCUCCAGCCCUGCCAGUCGGUCUCUUGCUACAGCCAGGAGGUGCUGGACAAGCUGAUCCAGUGUGGGCUGCUGGUCGCGGAGGAGGCCCCCAGCGAGCGGCCGGCCUGCGACACCGCCCGGAGGCGCUUCUCGCAGAAACUGCUGUGGAAGGAGAUGGAGGACUUCAGCGACAGCGACAGCGACUACGACGAGGACACUGGCAAGCGCUGCUUCAAGAUAAGCCAGCUGGACAACUGCCCUGAUUUCUUCCUCUUCCUGUGCGGUCUCCUGGGCCCCCUGCUGAAGACCUUUGAGAGAGCAGCUGCCUUCCUGGUGGAGUCUGGCUGUCCUGAGCUAGAGUUGGAGUAUGUGGAGAAGCUGCAGCGGUUCCUGGUGAGGAAGGCGAGAGAGGACGGCUCCUUUGUGUGUGCAAACAGGAGCCUGGCUCUGAGCUCCGUCCGGACCUUCAAGGAGCUGGGGGUGCUGAGGGAGCAGCCAGGCCCAGCGGGGCCCAUUCUCCACCUCUCGGAAACUUUCAGCAGCAAAGGGAACCAGGAGCGACUGGAGAAGUUCAUGGGGCAGUUCACCUCCAGCUAGAGCGGCUUGGCAGGGUUGAGGAACUGUCCUGCCACCUGUUUCAAAAACCCCCUUCUCCAGGAUCCCCUCGAAUGUCUCUGGGCUGGGGGUGGGAUCUACCCACAGCAGCACGACCUCUGUUGUUUGAGUUGGAGAUCAAAAUAAAUCUAUUCUUGGUG